AGCCGUUACUCUCUCUGCAUAUGCCUCCCUCAAACCCUAAUCUCUAUAUCUCUUCUAACCAACCCCAUUCUCUGGUUUUAUCUUUAUCACUCCCCUAAGUCUCAUUUUCUACUUGCUUUGCUUCUUCUGGAGACGUUUAAUUUUUGGCCGUAAAUCCCACCCGAAAAAGCUUCAAAUCGGAAUAUAUCUCAAGUUUGUUUGAAAAACAAGACCUGCAAUUCCCUUGAUCUUUUGAGAGGGAAAAAAACCAUAGAGUUCUGUCUGUAAUUAAUCUGUAAGGUAAGAUUGAAAAGCGAGCAUAUGGCAUCAAAAACAGUAGCCCGAGACAUCAUCACUCUUCGCGGAUCAGCGGCUAUCGUCAGCGAGUUCUUCGGUUAUGCAGCGAACAGUAUACUCUACAAUCGAGGAGUUUAUCCAGAAGAAAGUUUCGUAAAGGUUAAGAAGUAUGGACUUCCAAUGUUGCUUACUCAGGAUGAGGGAGUAAAAUCCUUCAUUGCCAGCCUCACUGCUCAGCUUUCCGAAUGGCUUGAAGCUGGGAAGUUGCAGAGGGUUGUUUUGGUGAUAAUGAGCAAGGCAACGAAUGAGGUUUUAGAAAGAUGGAACUUCAGCAUUGAGACUGACAGCGAGGUCGUGGAGAAGGGUGUUUCAAAGGAAAAGAGUGACAAAGAAAUCAUGAGAGAGAUUCAAGCAAUCAUGAGACAGAUUGCUUCCAGCAUCACUUACUUGCCUUGUCUUGAUGAAGCCUGUGUGUUCGAUGUGCUAGCUUACACGGAUACAGAUGUUGCAGUCCCAUUCACUUGGAUAGAGAGUGACCCAAAGUUAAUUGCAAAUCCGCAGAUGGUGAAAUUACAUUCUUUUGAUACCAAGAUUCACAAGGUUGACACUCUUGUAUCUUACAAAAAUGAUGAAUGGGAUGAACAGUAAAAAGCUACCUGUACUCUUCCAAGUCUUGUUUUUUUGUUUUCACUUCGUCUGCAGCCAUGACUCAGGGGGGCUGUGAAUCUUUUAUUCACAGAUUGUGUGCUUCGGCAUUGUCUGGAUUUCAGGCUUGAUUCUCCCGAAUUAAGUCAAUGCAACUUUUUAUGUUUUACAAUGAGUUUUUUUUUUCCC